AUGACGGAUGAGAUGGAGCAAGCCAAGGCCCACCUUCGAGAGCACGGUUGGGUCAAGAUUCCAUCAGUCCUGACCAAAGACAAAGCAAGACAUACAUUGGAACAACUUUGGAAGGCAAAGGAACGGUCAGAGGCUCGUGGCGAGGAUUUAUUCCAGCCUAUUCUCGAUCCUAACCCUGCGAAUUUGCGCGUGUUCUACCUCCCAGAGCACGACAAGCUAUUUCGCGACCUCGUCGUGCAUCCUACGGCGGCCGAAAUGGCUAGGUCUGUGCUGGGAGAGAAGAUGCUCCUGAGCAAUUUCUCCGCCAACAUCGCACGACCGGGUUCCGAGAGCAUGGCACUUCAUUCGGACCAAAGUAUCGUUCUGCCCGAGCCCUGGCACCACAUCAACACAGUCAACGUGAUCUGGUGCCUGACCAGAAUGACGAAGGAGAACGGCGCAACGCUCUACAUUCCCGGGUCGAACAAAUGGACCCAGUACUCGGACGCCGAGGCCGGCGACAUCGUAGUCUUGGACGGCCGGCUGUGGCAUACGUCGGGCAGCAAUGUUACGGAGGAUGAGGACCGUGCCAUCCUAUUCGCAUAUUACGCCUCGCCCUACAUGCGCCAGCUGGUGAACUGGACGGCCAAGUUGCCCAAGGAACUCCAGGAGUCAUUGAGUCCCGAACUGAAGGAACUAUUUGGGCUCAGCCAUAUUGGGUAUGUUGUCCAUGGUGACUUGACGUACAUGGCUCAGAAAUACCCAAAGGGCGAAGGGGAAGGGAAAGCCACAAAAGUGAGCAUGUAG